AUGUUGGGGAUUUCUGAGAUUUUUAUGGCUCUAGUAGUAUGUCUCCUGAUUUUGCAGUUCCUAAAGCUGCAAUGGAUGCGGACCCAGCUUCCUCCAGGACCAGUUCCUCUCCCCAUCAUUGGAAAUUUGUGGCUGCUGGACUUCAAACUUCGUCGAGAAACUCUCACUAAGUUAACCAACAUCUACGGAAACAUCUACACACUGUGGAUGGGACAGACACCUAUGGUUGUACUGAAUGGAUACAAAGCAGUAAGAGAUGGCCUUGUCACCCACUCAGAGGAAGUUUCUGGAAGACCUCUCACCCCAUUCUACAGGGAUAUGAUGGGCGAGAAAGGUAUUUUCCUGACAAGUGGCCACACCUGGAAGCAACAGAGACGCUUUGUCAUGACAAUUGUAAGAAGCCUGGCACUCGGAAAGAACAAUUUGGAGCAUCAAAUUCAAACAGAGGCCUGUCGCCUUGUGGACAUCUUUGCAAACACAAAAGGCAAACCUUUUGACCCCCACACUUCCAUCGUCCAUGCCAUUGCAAAUAUAAUUUGUGCUGUUGUUUUCGGUCAUCACUUCUCCAGUGAGGAUGAAUCUUUCAGCAAACUUAUCAAAGCCAUUUAUUUUGUGAUCUACUUUCAAGCUACUAUCUGGGGCAGGCUGUAUGAUGCUUUCCCAUGGCUUAUGCACCAUCUCCCAGGGCCUCAUCAGAAAGUGUUUGCAUACAACGACUUCAUGCACAGUUUAGUCAUGAAGGAGGUCCAGGCCCAUGAGAGGGAGAAGGCAGGUGAUCCACAGCAUCUCAUUGACUUCUACCUAGCUCAAAUAACAAAAACCAAAGAUGACCCUACUUCUACGUUCAAUAAAGACAAUAUGGUUCAGACCGUGGUUGAUCUUUUGCUGGGAGGGACAGAAACAACAAGCACCACCCUUCUCUGGGCAUUGCUCUAUAUGGUACAACAUCCAGAAAUACAAGAAAAGGUUCAGAGAGAGAUAGAUGAUGUUGUGGAACCCUCCCAUCCCAUCAGCUAUGAGGACCGUAAGAAGCUGCCGUACACCAACGCGGUGAUUCACGAGGCUUUGCGGUACAGCAACGUUACCUCUGUCGGGGUCCCCCGACAAUGCGUGAGGAGUACAACUCUGCUGGGCUUCCACAUAAAAAAGGGCACACUUGUAUUGCCAAAUCUGCACUCUGUGGUGUAUGACUCUGAGCACUGGGCGACUCCUUGGAAGUUCAACCCAAAUCAUUUCCUUGAUUUGGAUGGCAACUUUGUAAACAAAGAGGCAUUCUUACCUUUCUCAGCAGGGCAUCGUGUGUGUUUGGGGGAACAGAUGGCACGAAUUGAACUGUUCAUCUUCUUUACCAACCUCCUUCGGGCAUUUACAUUCCAGCUGCCUGAGGGAGUAAAGGAAAUCAGUUCAGAGUAUGUUUUGGGUGCAAUACUGCAGCCUCAUCCAUAUCAACUCUGUGCUAUUCCACGCUAGUCUGCAACAUGCUACAAUGCAGAGGGACUUCAACCUGUCAAUAACUGCAGAUCCUUUAAAAAUACACACCACUAUCUCAAUAGCAUUCAAAUAUAGGUAGCUCAGCACAGCAAACUAAUCAAGUGUUUUUGUUCAGGAGGUCUGACCUCAAGUACUGAACUUUUUUAAAUAAGUGUACUUGCCAAAGCUCAUAUAAUUGUGUCUUAGGCAUAUACAAGUACACAAUAAUACAUUUCAGAAAAAAAAUGUAUUUUCACACUCACAGUAGCAAUGAAUUAGAUGUAGGAUUUUAGAGAAGUGAACUGUAUCAAGCAGUUUCCUGCAUAUGUGCUCUGUCAGGUAUCACACUUAAAAUUUUCAGUAAGCUGUUACUCCUCUGAGUUCACAGGUCUUUUCUUACAUCUUCUUGCAGAAGGUAACAGAGGACACACACUUAGUUGAUGACUCUUUUUCCUUUCACACUCCUAUAAGCAUUAUAUAGUGUAGCAUAAACUUCACACAGGCACAGAUGACUCCAGAAUGGGGCCUCUCAUUACCACGGUCCAUUUAGAAAUCCUUACACCUGGUUUUACUUCCUCAGUAUCCAAUUCCUGUGUUAUCACAACUCGAGUCCCUGUGCUUUCAUGAAACAUUCCUUCUUCUGUUUAUAAAUACUAUUAUAUGAUCCAAUAAUUUCCUAUGUGAAAAGGACCAGCCUUUCAAGAAAUUAAGAAAAUAAAUGAAAAUGUCAACAUUUGUUAAAGCA